UGACAAGCUGCGAAAAUAAAAAGGCACGGGGCCAUCUCAUGCUAUGAUUUUAUUUUUAUAAGGUAAAACUAAUAAAAUUACGAAAUGGCUGAUGUUAAGGUUCUUGAAAAUGAUAAAAACAUUGAAAACGAAGAGGAGGAAGACGAGGGUGAUUGUAUAGAAGAGUCAGAAAACAAAGACCCUGCUAAAAAGAAAAAAAAGAAAAAGAAGAAGAAGAAGACAGCGGGAACUGAAGUUCCGGCUGAGAAUGACUCGGAGGUAUCAGUGAAACCAUUAACAAUUGAAGAAAAUAUAGUUGAAGGAGAUGAAAAGAAAAAAAAGAAGAAGAAUAAGAACAAGGUCGCUGGGAAAGUCCAAACUAACCCUCCCACGAUUCCAAUUUCCGAAUUAUUUCCGGACGGUAACUUCCCCGAGGGUCAAAUAAUGGAGCAUGGCCCUGCUGAAGGUAUUGAUGACAGAACAGCUAAAGACCGUUUUAGUAGUGAAGAAAAGAGGGCAUUAGACAGGAUGCAUAACUACAUUUAUCAAGAAAUAAGACAAGCUGCCGAGGCUCACAGACAGACAAGAAAAUAUAUAAAAGACUGGAUAAAACCGGGCAUGACCAUGAUCCAAAUCUGUGAAGAGCUUGAGGCUACAGGAAGACGUCUCAUUGGAGAAGAUGGUCUCAAAGCAGGACUGGCCUUCCCUACAGGCUGCAGUCGCAAUCAUUGCGCCGCUCACUAUACACCAAAUACUGGUGACAAUACCGUUCUUGAGUAUGAUGAUGUAGUGAAAAUUGACUUUGGUACUCAUAUCAAUGGACGUAUUAUUGAUUGUGCCUUCACACUGCAUUUCAAUCCUCGUUAUGAUCCUCUUGUGAAGGGGGUUCAAGAAGCUACUGAAGCAGGAAUCAAAGCUUCAGGUGUUGAUGUCAGGCUUUGUGAUGUUGGUGCUGCUGUGCAAGAGGUUAUGGAAUCACAUGAAGUUGAACUAGACGGAAAAGUUUAUCAAGUCAAACCAAUUCGUAACCUUAAUGGCCACUCCAUUGGACCCUAUCGUAUUCAUGCUGGCAAGACUGUGCCUAUUGUGAAAGGAGGUGAAACAACAAGAAUGGAAGAAAACGAAUUCUAUGCCAUUGAAACAUUUGGUUCGACAGGACGCGGCCAAGUUCACGAUGAUAUGGAUUGCUCUCAUUACAUGAAAAACUUUGAUCAACAAUUUGUGCCUUUAAGAUUACAGUCAUCCAAGCAAUUACUCAACUUGAUUAACAAGAACUUCGGUACUCUCGCCUUUUGUAAGAGAUGGUUGGAGCGUGCUGGCGCGUCUCGUUAUGCUAUGGCCUUGAAGGAUCUGUGUGAUAAAGGUGUUGUGGACGCUUACCCACCACUGUGUGACAUUAAAGGUUGUUACACAGCUCAGUUUGAACACACGAUUCUCCUGAGACCGACAUGCAAGGAGGUCAUCUCUCGCGGUGAUGAUUACUAAUUAUACCGACUACAGCCAACUGUAGCUUUGAAUUAUGUUCAUAGUUAUCAAAGUUUUUUGACAAAUAUAGGUUAUUUUUGAAUUUUACGUUUUCCACCUAAAAAUAUUUUAUAUAGAGACACAACUUUUGCCUCUUAAGCAAUAAGUCCAGUACCUACUGUUCUGUUUUCAUUGUAAAAACUAAUAGUAAGUCAUUGUUACAAAUUAUAAAUACAAUUUUUGUAUAACAUGUUACAAGUGUACUUGAGUGUAUUUGUAAGUAAUCAGGCCAUUAAUUAAAUAAACACACCUAUAUUGGUUAUUUUAACAUC